UCAAAGAACCUCAAAACCUUUAAAUAGAAGUAACAAAGAAAUUUAAAGACACAAGUUUUCAGUCUCCACAUCAGUUUGAUCAGUUUGCUUGUUCGCUGCAUUCAAACAUUCAGCAUCAGCUACAAAUCCUCUGGAAGCAUUUGGAAACAUAUUGAUCAGCUACAAAUCCUCAGGAAGCAUUUGGAAACAUCUUGAGCUUUAAAAGAUUCAUUGUAUCAAGAUUUCUAAAAAAUGUCUCAGUACCCGGAGCAGAAAGAUUACACUGGAGCUCUUCACUGCAGUGGUGAGCCAAAUGCCUCAGAAGACACCGAAUUCCUCAGAAGGGCAUUUGAUCGCCUUCAGAAAGAAAACCAAGACCUGCACAAUAUGAUCAAACAAAUGCAGGAGGAAAAGUCCAGAGACAUGAAGGCCCAAAACAAACACUCUGGAGAAAUUACCCAAGAGGACCAACCAGUUAAAGAUCUGCAAUACGAGCCGAACAUGCAGAUCAUAAAUGGAGGUUGGGAAAUACUGCUAAGUAGAGCACAGCAGCAAAUAACACAUUUAAUGCUGCAGAGAAAAAAGGAUGUGGCUAAACUCCAACAAAUGCAGUUCAGGCCCCAAGAAAUGGAGGCACUGCAAUACAACCUCCAAGUCAUGGAGGAACAAUAUAACGAGGAGAAAUACAAGCUCCAAAAACUGCAAGCUCAACAUAAGGAGACACUACGCAAGUUUCAAGACUUGGGAGAAGACCAUGACGAGAUAAAAUGCAAACACCAACAAUUAGAAAGAACACACAAGGAGACACUAUACAAACACCAACAACUGGAAAAAAACUAUGAUCAGGUACUAGGCCAACUCCGACUGCUGGAAGAAGAAGCUGAAGACUCAGAGCGCCAGCUUCUUGAAUGUGAGAAUAAAAAUAACAGUUUGCAAAUAAAACUUGAUCAAACACGGCAAGAAAAUAUAGAAAUACAAGAAGAGAAAGAAGAACAGGAAGCUCAACACAAUGACACACUACGCAAGUUUCAAGACUUGCAAGAAAUUCAUGACCAGACACUGUACCAACUCCAACAAAAGGAUGCACUAGCUGCAGAGACACAAUACCAGCUUCAAGAUGUGACGGCAAGAUAUGACGAGACACAAGACAAACUAAGAAGCUUGGAGGCCAUACACAAAGAGACACAACACAAGCUGGAGGAGAAGUCCAGAGAGCUGGAGGCCCAAAAUAAACACUUGGGAGAAGAACAUGAAGAGAUAAAAUGCAAACACCAACAAUUGGAAAGGACACACAAGGAGACACUAUACAAACACCAACAACUGGAAAAAAAAUUUGAUCAGGUACUAGGCCAACUCCAAAAGCUGGAAGAAGAAGCUGAAGACUCAGAACACCAGCUUCUUGAAAGUGAGAAUAAAAAUAACAGUUUGCGAAUAAAACUUGAUCAAACACGGCAAAAAAAUAUGGAAAUACAAGAAGAGAAAGAAGAACAGGAAGCUCAACAUAGAGAGAUGGAGAGCAAACUCAAAGACAUGGAGACAAGAUAUAAUCAGGAGAUGUCCAGGUUCCAACACCUGCAAGCAGCAGCUAAGAACACACAACACCAGCUCGUCAAAAGUGAGAAAGAAAAGGAACGUUUACAAGUCAAACUUGAUGAAGCACUGCAAAGAAAUGCAGAAAUGCUACGAGAGAAGGAAGAAAAGGAAGAACUGCACAGCGAGAUGCAGCAUGUUCUUCAAGACUUUGAGCAGAGAAAUACUGAACUCCAAGUAUUUCUUGAUGAGCUCAAAGACAAAAAUGUUGCAGUGGAGGCAGAGAGGGUAAAUUUGGAGAAACUCUGCAAUGAGAUGACGUGUAAGCUGCAAGAAAUGAUGGGAAAAAAUACACAACUGCAAGGACUCUGUGACAUAGAACAGAGCAGAAACAAUGAAAUGCAGAAGGAGGCACAACAGCAUGAGAAAAUGCAUAAAGAUAUGCAGUGUGCACUUCAUGAAAUGCAGAUCAGAAAUGAGCAGCUGCAAGACAUGCAUGACGAAUUACAACAAAGCAAUAAAGACAUGCAUGAGGCGAAGAAGGCGCAGGAAGAGCAAAACGUAGAACUGAAGCAAAAGCAUGCAGACAGUGAGAAAAAGCUGGAAGAAGUCGGGAAAAGAUGCAGCAAAUUUGAAGAAGAGAAUGAACAACUCCUGUCUGACGUCAAAAACCUCAUCUUACAAAACAAAGAUUUACAGGAACGCUGCCUGAAAAAGAAGAGAAGACGCUUCUGGUGUUUCGGCUGAAAUUCUUAACCUGAAGAACAACAGCCUGCUCCUCCUCCACCCUUUAUCCAUCUCUCUUCUGAUUUCUUCACCUUUGAAUUGGCCACGACAUUCACCAGCACCAUGUCCUAAACAUUUAUAUACAACUAAAUAUGUCAUUGAGCUUAUCAGUGGUAGGUUUAACACACCAUUCCUCUUUUCCAUCACGCCCCCCCAACCGGUCGCAGCAGAUGGCUGCCCCUUCCUGAGCCUGGUUCUGCCCGAGGUUUCUUCCUUUUAGAAGGGAGUUGUUCCUCGCCACUGUCGCCAAGGGCUUGCUCACAGGGGAUCUUCUGAUUGUUGGGGGGGGCUCUUUAAACCAAGCCCUGAUGAGUUUUCUGGCAUCAAA